GCGCGCGGGAACGGGUCUACAAAGUUGCGGGUCAGUUUUUAAAAAGUCCUCCUCGAGGUCGGAAGGCUUGUCUUGGCGGAGAUGGUGCGGACCAAGGCGGACUGCGGAGGAACCGGCGGGGCUUACCGGAAAGUGGUUGCUGCAAGGGCUCCACGGAAGGUACUUGGCUCCGGAAGUGCCAAUCUAACAUCAUCUCCUCCCUCACGGAAAGGGGAGAACAAAUAUGCUGGUGGCAAUCCAGUCUGUGUGAGGCCAACACCACCAUGGCAAAAAGGAAUAGGCGAAUUCUUUACUCAAUCCUCAAAGCACUCGGAGAAGGAAAAUCACAUUUUGGACGACGAACAACCUGGGUGCAGCGGAAUAGGAACAAGUAGCUGAAAGAUUUGUCCCCUGCUUCCCAAUAUGGACUCCACAGAAGAUGACCAAAACUUACUUAGGCUCACCUCUUCUGCUGGCAGAUCUUGGCAUGCUCUUAUAAUGACAUUGGUACACUUAUGUAUAUAUAUAUAUUCUGAAUUUGUUUUGAGUAAAGGCUUUAUAAAGGCCUCCUAGGCUGUUUUGUUUACUAAAAUGACCUAAAACUUGAAUAGCCAUUAAGUGAAUGGAAAUCAAUAUUUCCUGGGCGUUUCGGUACCGAUAAGCAACGCAUUGCUUGGUAGAUAGGGAAA